UAACAACAAACAUGUUCAACAAUCAACAAAUGAAUAUGUUCAAUUUAACAGAAAGAAUGUGAAUUUUCUUUAGUUUCUUUUAACUUUUGCAAGACGUACAGGAUAAGAAAUAUAUUUUUCACGACUUCUCGUUUAUCAGGAAUCUGGCCAUGAAGUAAUACCAUUUUGACACUACCUGAUUCUAUAGAUAUCCUGAAUUAACCAUGGAUAACUGCCUUGCGUCAUUUGCGACCAUUAACCCCCCAGAAUGCCUGGCAAGAGAACGACAAAUGAAAGAUCUUUCUCAAGGAGAAAAUCUGGACCACAGUGCCUUUCUACCUGUCAGGUCAAAUGAUCAACAAUUUGAAGAUAAUGUUUCAAACAAUCUGAUUGGUGCCUUAUCGAUGACAGGAACCAUUCACCAUCCAGAUAACUUAGUCAGUAUGGAAAUCCCAUUCUUUUGGUGUAAUUAUUGUGAUUUUAAUACUGUUCAAAAAAAUGAAUUAUUGAAACAUUUGCAGUUACAUUGCUUUCGCUGCAAGUAUUGUAGUUACGAAGUAUUAACAAGAGGGGAAGUUAUCAAACAUAUACUAAAGUGCCACAGAGAAGAAAUAACAAAUGAACUUUUGUUUUGUUAUUUUGUCAAACAUCAGGAAAAUCCAAAUCCGAAUCCACCUGAAGAAACCCUGACAAGUUCACAUGGUGUGAAAAGGAUUGCUGAAAAAAUGGCUGAUAGUACCUGUAUUCCUAAUGACAUUAUUAAGAAAAUCAAAAUAGAAAAGGAUGAUAUUAAUUUACAAAUAUCGGCAAAUGACACAUUUCUCAAAAAUCCAACAAACAAUCAGUUACAAAUUUGUAAGGAAUCAGUAAAGAACAUCAGUCAAGCGACUUUUACAUCUACUAAGCAAGCACAUGAAUAUUCAAACCCAGCAUUGCCAUCAAACACAAUUAUUUGUGAUUUGAACAACUCCAACUCAAAUGAGAUGUCAUCAAACAAUCCUGAUCAUUCAUCCCCGUCAGUUUUAAGAAGUAUUCUUACGAAAAAUGUUUUAAAAAAUGUUGCUGCCCAGAGAAUGAAUAAUACUACAGGGGAUGUAACUCCCAACAACAAUUUGUCUCCAACUAAUAAUAAGACAAGUUUUACUCCAGAAAUUAUCCACCCUCAUGUUAACGUUUCUGUGAAAAGUGAAAUUCUGGAAAAUCCUCAUCCAGUUAUUAAAAUAGAAAUAGACGAUGAUUCCUACUCUAAUUCACUGGGUUACGUUCCGAAGACCGUAUCACUAGGAGAAAAUAUAAAUCAGUUUAACCAGGAAUACCCCAGUUAUGACGUUUCAUGUAAUAAUUCAACAAUGGCCUCCGGUAACGAUCAUUCACCUUCUCAUUAUCUUAGUAUACUAAAAGAUAUUUCAUCCACAGAGUCUGACCAUAAUUCACAUCAAUCUAACAUAUCUAAAGAAACAACAAUGGCUCCCAAUGCAUCAUGCUCUAAUAACACAAAUAGUCGUGAAAGUUCUCCGCCUGCCAAUGUAUUACAUCUGCCUAUUUUACGAACCAUGCUCACAUCUUCAGAUCUAAAAUUGCCUAGACAUCCUAGAAAAAACAAAAAUUCUGUUGCAGAAAUUGAAAAUGGCGAUGAUUCCAGUAUGGAUAGUGUUUCUGAUGACGACACAGAGGACGCCGAUUAUUGUCCGAAUAGUUCCGAGGAGGACGAAGUAUCGGGAAAGAUGAGCCAUCAUCUUCGAAGAAAGAGCAAGGAAAUUGUUGCAGCAUUUGCGUGUUUGAAUUGUGAAAAUGGUCGAGGGAUGUUUAAAAAAGCAAAAGAACAUCUACUGGCAAAACAUACACAUACAAAUCUUAUUCUUAAAGACGUUGCAAAAAAUACAUUUGUGUAUAUUUGUCCAACUAGAGAUUGUAAUUUCAAGGAUUCCAAAUUUACUGCUUUCAUUGCACAUUUGGAAUCGUGUGGAGUUUUUGACUUGAAAACAAUCCAAGAUGGUGCGAUGGGUAGGAAAAUACAAUUGUUGGUGUUGAAAACUUUUCAGAGUCUUUUAAAAACGGCCAUAAUUGAUUGGCUUUAUGCUUGUUCGGUAUGUGCCAAAACAUUCCAGAACUUAAAUGACGCACAGUGUCACAAAGUUCAAACACACCCAAAUUGUUUUGAUAAAAAAAGUUUGUUUAAAUCGUACGACGUAACUGGAAAAAUAGUCAUAUUAUGUAUGCACUGUUUGUCUGAAAUAGAAGUGACAGAAUGGCCGAACUUGUCUCUUCAAGACUGUAGUCAACAUCAGAACUAUUGUUCCCAGAAAAACUCUUCUCAGUCUGUCGCUGCUUCCCAUAGUCACUCGCCUAAAAUUUAUCAUAAUCAAAAUACCUCAAACCCCGAUCAUACCCCCCAACUUCGGGCAAUUUUACAAAAGAGUCCCCAGUUACCAGGUAAUAAUAAUAGACAGGGAGGUGCUACAGACGAGGAUUUACCAGCGUCCAGGAUGUUACAGUGGUUAAUAUCAGAGGGUAGUAGAAUGAUGCAUUUCCUAAAAGAAUAAAUAGGUGAUUUCAUACAGGUCCUCUCUUAUAUCUAAUAUAUCAGUGGUAAUCGGGUCUAGAAAAAUACAAAUCAAUGCUGGUCAAAAUGAUGAGGUACAUGUACCAGAGGGAUUGUAACUGACCGAGUCACAAUUUGUGCCCGACAAUAUCUGUGACAAGUGUCUAAUUUUCAGGCUUAGUGUUAAUGUAAAAUAAAAUCUAAGGUUCCACUGUGAAUUGUAAUAUUUUGAUAAAAUCUAAAGCUCAAAAUACUUCAAAUGUACUUAUAUAGAUAUUAAUAGGUAAAUGGUUCAAGUUGGGGAGUGGGAUUGCCCAAUAAAGAAAUAUUAAUAAUUGGGUGAUAAUUUGUGAUAUUAUUUACUUCUAUCAAAUGUUAUAAUUUACAAGUAUUGUACAAUGUAAAUAUUUAUCUCAACACAAAGUUUAUAAGAUAUAUAAAAUAGUUUUUAUUAUC